UAAAUCGUAAACUCCCGCCACGGAGCUAAGUGGGCAGAUGUUAGCCAUUGCUGUCCCACACUCUGAUGACCUUGAAGAACCGACCCUCGCGGCAGCUGCCCCGUAAAGGACGCGGAGCAGCAAUACCCAAGCGGUCUGGAAAGUUCCAGCGGUCGCAGGAUUGAAAUUCCGAGAUGGAUGAUCAGGACCCUGGGGGCAUUAGCCCCCUGCAGCAAAUGGUGGCCUCAGGAGCUGGGGCUGUGGUCACCUCCCUCUUCAUGACACCCCUGGAUGUGGUGAAGGUCCGCCUUCAGUCUCAGAGACCCUCAGCAGCCAGCGAAUUGACAUUGACGACUCCCUCCAGAUUCUGGAGUCUCUCCUACACCAAAUCAUCCUCCGCUCUACAGUCCCCAGGGAAGUGCCUCCUAUACUGCAAUGGAGUCCUGGAGCCCCUGUACCUGUGCCCAAAUGGUACCCGCUGUGCCACCUGGUUUCAGGACCCCACACGGUUCACUGGCACCUUGGAUGCCUUUGUGAAGAUUGUGCGGCAUGAGGGCACUAGGACCCUGUGGAGCGGCCUCCCAGCCACCCUGGUGAUGACCGUGCCAGCUACUGCCAUCUACUUCACUGCUUACGACCAACUCAAGGCCUUCCUGUGUGGUCAGUCCUUGACCUCUGACCUCUACGCACCCAUGGUGGCCGGUGCCCUCGCCCGAAUGGGCACCGUGACAGUUGUCAGCCCCUUGGAGCUCGUGCGGACCAAGCUGCAGGCUCAGCAUGUGUCAUACCGUGAGCUGGCUUCCUCUGUUCAAGCUGCGGUGACUCAGGGUGGCUGGCGCUCGCUGUGGCUGGGCUGGGGUCCCACAGCUCUUCGAGAUGUCCCCUUCUCAGCUCUGUACUGGUUCAACUACGAGCUGGUGAAGAACUGGCUGAACGGGCUGAGACCAAAAGACCAGACAUCGGUGGGCAUCAGCUUCGUGGCCGGUGGCAUCUCAGGAAUGGUGGCUGCCACCCUUACCCUACCCUUCGAUGUGGUAAAGACACAGCGACAGAUGUCACUGGGAGCAGUGGAGGCUGUGAGAGUGAAGCCGCCCAGAGUUGACUCCACCUGGCUCCUGCUUCGCAGAAUCCGGGCUGAAUCUGGCACCAGGGGACUCUUUGCAGGCUUCCUCCCCAGGAUCAUCAAGGCUGCACCCUCCUGUGCCAUCAUGAUUAGCACUUACGAGUUUGGCAAAAGCUUCUUCCAGAGGCUCAACCAGGAGCAGCCUCUGGGCCGCUGAAAGUCGGGGAGCAACCGGCUCUUGCACGGGUGGGAUCAGGAGACUGAGCCAAGUGCCUUCCCUCCCAGUCCAGUCACCCAGGCUGUCCUCAGACCUGGAUUCCUGCUGUUUCCCUUCCCAGGAUUGCCCCUCUCCCGCCUCCCGAAUUCAAGACCAAAUCUGAUGAUCGCCCUUCUUUGUAUCCCCAUGUUUGUUAUAGCUUGGCCCGAGGAGCCGAGAGCUCGGGCCAGGCAGUAUCUCGGCCCCAUUCGUUCCCUGUCUAAAGAUGGUCUUCUGUGCACA